CGCGCGGCCGUGACCCCACUGCUCCCCAGAGGCCGACCGCGGCGGCCGCGGACAAAAGAGCAUGCCGGCGCCGAGGAAGGCCCGUCUUCCAGCCGCCAUGAGGCUCCAGGCGCCGCCAGGCCCACGCCUUGUCCCCGCCCGCCCGGGCGCAAGAGCCGCCCGCUAGGCCCGCGCGCCGCAGAUCUACCCGCAGGCCCGGCCCGCCGCCCGGCCCGCAACAUGGAGCCGUUCGGGCGCUGGCGGUGCCGCGCGCUGCUGCCGCCGCGGCUGCUGCUGCUGCUGCUGCUCGCGUUGCUGGGAGUCGGCGGCUGUGCCGCGGCGCUGCCCCCCGGCUGCAAGCAAGACGGGCGGCCCCGAGGGGCCGGCAGGGUUCCAGGCGCAACCGAAGGGAAGGUGGUGUGCAGCAGCCUGGAGCUUGCGCAGGUCCUGCCCCCGGACACGCUGCCCAACCGCACGGUCACCCUGAUUCUGAGUAACAAUAAAAUAUCGGAGCUGAAGAACGGCUCAUUUUCUGGGUUAAGUCUUCUGGAGAGAUUGGACCUCCGCAACAAUCUUAUUAGUAGUAUAGAUCCAGGUGCCUUCUGGGGGCUGUCAUCACUAAAACGAUUGGACCUGACAAACAAUCGGAUAGGCUGUCUGAAUGCAGACAUAUUUAGAGGGCUUACCAAUCUAGUUAGGCUAAAUCUUUCAGGGAAUUUGUUUUCUUCAUUAUCUCAAGGAACUUUUGAUUAUCUUGGCUCACUCCGGUCUCUAGAAUUCCAGACUGAGUACCUUUUGUGUGAUUGUAACAUACUAUGGAUGCAUCGCUGGGUAAAAGAGAGGAACAUCACUGUCCGGGACACCAGGUGUGCUUACCCUAAGUCCCUGCAGGCCCAGCCCAUCACAGGCGUGAAGCAGGAGCUAUUGACAUGCGACCCUCCCCUUGAAUUACCCUCAUUCUAUAUGACUCCUUCUCACCGUCAAGUGGUAUUUGAAGGGGACAGCCUCCCUUUUCAGUGCAUGGCCUCAUAUAUUGAUCAGGAUAUGCAAGUGCUAUGGUAUCAGGAUGGGCGAAUAGUUGAGACGGAUGAAUCACAAGGCAUCUUUGUUGAAAAGAACAUGAUUCACAACUGCUCCUUGAUUGCAAGUGCCCUGACCAUCUCUAAUAUUCAGGCUGGAUCUACUGGAAACUGGGGCUGUCACGUCCAGACCAGACGUGGGAACAACACGAGAACUGUCGACAUUGUGGUGUUAGAAAGCUCAGCGCAGUACUGCCCUCCGGAGAGAGUGGUAAACAAUAAAGGGGAUUUCAGGUGGCCCAGGACACUGGCGGGCAUUACCGCGUAUCUGCAGUGUACACGGAACACUCACGGCAGUGGGAUCUACCCUGGGAACCCACAGGAGGAGAGGAAGGCGAGGCGUAGAUGUGACCGAGGUGGCUUUUGGGCAGAUGAUGACUAUUCGCGAUGCCAGUAUGCAAAUGACGUCACUAGAGUUCUCUAUAUGUUUAAUCAGAUGCCUCUCAAUCUUACAAAUGCAGUGGCAACAGCUCGACAGUUAUUGGCUUACACUGUGGAAGCAGCCAACUUUUCUGACAAAAUGGAUGUUAUAUUUGUUGCUGAAAUGAUAGAAAAAUUUGGAAGGUUCACCAAAGAGGAAAAAUCAAAAGAGCUUGGUGAUGUGAUGGUUGACAUUGCAAGUAACAUCAUGUUGGCCGAUGAGCGUGUCCUGUGGCUGGCACAGAGGGAGACUAAAGCCUGCAGUAGAAUUGUUCAGUGCCUACAGCGAAUUGCAACAUACCGACUAGCAAAUGGAGCUCAUGUUUAUUCAACAUCUUCACCCAGCAUUGCUUUGGAAGCUUACAUCAUCAAGCCUGCUGCCUUCACUGGGAUGACGUGCACCGUGUUCCAGAAAGUGGCCACCUCUGACCGCAUAGGACUUUCCGACUAUGGCAGGCGGGAUCCAGACGGAAACCUAGAUAAACAGCUGAGUUUCAAGUGCAACGUUUCAAAUACAUUCUCAAGUCUAGCACUAAAGAAUACAGUUGUUGAGGCAUCUAUUCAGCUUCCUCCUUCCCUUUUUUCACCAAAACAAACGAGAGAAGCCAGACCAGCCGAUGACUAUCUGUACAAGCUGCAGCUCAUUGCAUUCCGCAAUGGCAAGCUUUUCCCAGCAACCGGAAAUUCAACAAACUUGGCUGAUGAUGGAAAACGACGUACCGUGGUUACCCCUGUGAUUCUCACUAAAAUAGAUGGCGUGAAUGUAGAUACCCACCACAUCCCUGUGAAUGUGACAUUGCGUCGAAUUGCACAUGGAGCAGAUGCUGUUGCAGCUCAGUGGGAUUUCGAUUUGCUGAACGGACAAGGAGGCUGGAAGUCAGAUGGGUGCCAUAUACUCUACUCAGAUGAAAAUAUCACUACGAUUCAGUGCUACUCCCUUAGUAACUAUGCGGUUUUAAUGGAUUUGACGGGAUCUGAACUCUAUACCCAGGCAGCCGACCUCUUACAUCCUGUUGUUUAUACUACUGCUGUGAUUCUUCUCUUAUGUCUCUCAGCCGUCAUCGUCAGUUACGUAUACCAUCACAGUUUGAUUAGAAUCAGUCUAAAGAGCUGGCAUAUGCUUGUGAACUUGUGUUUUCAUAUUCUCCUGACCUGUGUGGUCUUUGUGGGAGGCAUAACACAAACCAGAAACGUCAGCGUCUGCCAAGCAAAGACAGGGUUUUACCUGAUUGGUGGUGGCAUCCCUGUCAUAGUGUGUGGCAUAACAGCAGCUGCAAACAUCAAGAAUUACGGCAGCCGGCCCAAUGCGCCCUAUUGCUGGAUGGCAUGGGAACCUUCCUUGGGAGCCUUCUAUGGACCUGCCAGCUUCAUCACAUUUGUAAACUGCAUGUACUUUCUGAGCAUAUUUGUCCAGUUGAAACGACACCCUGAACGUAAAUACGAGCUGAAGGAGCCCACUGAGGAGCAGCAGAGAUUGGCAGGCAACGAGAGCGGUGAAGUGAUGCACCAGGAUUCCAUGUCCUUGUCACUGAUCUCUGCGUCCGUGUUGGAAAACGAGCACACUUUUCAUUCUCAGCUGUUGGGGGCCAGCCUCACUUUGCUCUUCUACGCUGCUCUGUGGAUGUUCGGGGCCUUGGCUGUUUCUUUGUAUUAUCCUUUGGACUUGGUGUUUAGCUUCUUUUUUGGAGCCACAUGCUUAAGCUUCAGUGCGUUCAUCAUGGUUCACCAUUGUAUCAAUCGGGAGGAUGUUAGGCUUGCCUGGAUCAUGACUUGCUGCCCAGGAAGGGGCUCGUAUUCAGUGCAAGUCAACGCCCAGCCUCCCAGCUCCAGCGGGACGAACGGAGAGGCUCCUAAGUGCACCAACAGCAGUGCAGAAUCUUCCUGCACCAACAGAAGUGCAUCAAGCUUCAAAAAUUCCUCCCAAGGCUGCAAAUUAACUAAUUUGCAGGCUGCUGCAGCUCAGUGUCACACCAAUUCUCUGCCGUUGAACUCUGUACCGCAGCUCGAUAACAGCCUGACCGAGCACUCGAUGGACAAUGAUAUAAAGAUGCACGUGGCACCUUUAGAAGUUCAGUUCCGAACAAACGUGCACCCCAGUCGCCAUCAUAAAAACAGAAGUAAAGGACACAGGGCCAGCCGACUUACAGUCUUAAGGGAAUAUGCCUAUGACGUCCCAACAAGUGUGGAAGGAAGUGUGCAGAAUGGCCUGCCCAAAAGUCGGCCAGGCAGUAACGAAGGACAUUCAAGAAGUCGAAGAGCCUAUUUGGCCUACAGGGAGAGACAGUACAACCCACCCCAACAAGAUAGCAGUGAUGCUGGUAGCACCCUUCCCAAAAGCAGCAGAAAUUUUGAAAAGCCCAUGUCAACGAGUAGUAAAAAAGAUGCAGUGAGGAAGCCAAUGGUAGUUGAACUUGAAAGUCAGCAGAAAUGUUAUGGCCUCAACUUGGCCAUUCAGAAUGGACCACUUAAAAACAACGGGCAGGAUGGACCCUUGCUCAGUACGGACAGCACUGGCAAUGUUAGGACUGGGUUAUGGAAACAUGAAACUACUGUGUAG